CCGCUCUGUGCACAGACGGAGGUUCCGGUUCCGGUCUGGUGGAUUUGGACUUCUGGUCCGGUAUCUUCUAAGGGACCGGGUGAGUUUACCGGGGACAGAGGGCGGGGCUGGCGGGAGAGGGACCCAAGAGCUCACACUCUAAUCAUAGUGGAAAUAACUGGACCCAAGAGCUCGCACUCUAAUCAUAUUGGAAAUAACUGGACCCAAGAGCUCGCACACUAAUCAUAUUGGAAAUAACUGGACCCAAGAGCUCGCACACUAAUCAUAGUGGAAAUAACUGGACCCGAGAGCUCGCACACUAAUCAUAUUGGAAAUAACUGGACCCGAGAGCUCGCACACUAAUCAUAUUGGAAAUAACUGGACCCAAGAGCUCGCACACUAAUCAUAGUGGAAAUAACUGGACCCAAGAGCUCGCACACUAAUCAUAGUGGAAAUAACUGGACCCAAGAGCUCGCACACUAAUCAUAGUGGAAAUAACUGGACCCAAGAGCUCGCACACUAAUCAUAGUGGAAAUAACUGGACCCAAGAGCUCGCACUCUAAUCAUAGUGGAAAUAACUGGACCCAAGAGCUCGCACUCUAAUCAUAGUGGAAAUAACUGGACCCAAGAGCUCGCACACUAAUCAUAGUGGAAAUAACUGGACCCAAGAGCUCGCACACUAAUCAUAGUGGAAAUAACUGGACCCAAGAGCUCGCACACUAAUCAUAGUGGAAAUAACUGGACCCAAGAGCUCGCACUCUAAUCAUAGUGGAAAUAACUGGACCCAAGAGCUCGCACUCUAAUCAUAGUGGAAAUAACUGGACCCAAGAGCUCGCACUCUAAUCAUAGCGGAAAUAACUGGACCCAAGAGCUCGCACUCUAAUCAUAGCGGAAAUAACUGGACCCAAGAGCUCGCACUCUAAUCAUAGUGGAAAUAACUGGACCCAAGAGCUCGCACUCUAAUGAUAGUGGAAAUAACUGGACCCAGGAGCUCGCAAUCUAAUGAUAGUGGAAAUAACUGGACCCAGGAGCUCGCAAUCUAAUGAUAGUGGAAAUAACUGGACCCAAGAGCUUGCAAUCUAAUGAUUGUGGAAAUAACUGGACCCAAGAGCUUGCAAUCUAACCAAAUUGGAAAUAACUGGACCCAGGAGCAUACCAUGUAAUGACACUACUUCUGGACCCAAGAGCUCACAGUCCAGUCAUAUUUGAAAUAGCUGCACCCAGGAGCUUACAAUCUAAUGACUCCCAUACUAGGGGCAGGUGCUCACAUUGGAAACAACUGGAUGCAAGAGCUUGCGAUUUACUGAUGCUACUACUGGCCCCAAGAGUUCGCUGUGUAAUCCUUUUAAAAAGAGCUGGGCCCAAGAGCUUGCAAUCUAAUGAUACCACUAAUAGACACUGUUGUUCAGUCUAAUCACAUUGGAAAGAGCUGGGCGCAAGAGCUGCAAUUCAAUUCUACUACGACUACUGGAUCCAAGAACUCAGGUUUUCAUCAAAUUGGAAAGAGCUGGAUGCAGGAGCUUGUAGUCUAAGGACGGCGCUUCUAAUAUUCCCAGCAGUUUAGUCUACUUAUAUUGGCAAUGGCUGGGCCCAGGAGCUUCCAAUCUGAUAAUCCUGGAGGAUGCUCAGUCAGGAUUUUACCACUAAUGUUAAUGGAGGUUUGUAGGGGAAAAGGCUUGCACUGUAAGAUUUUCUUUUAAGAUAUUGACCGCUGCCUACAGGAUCUUGUAAUAGACUGCUGGUUGCAGUAGUUUACAGUCUAAUCACAUUGGAAGAUGUUUGCUAAGAUCUCAAAGUUUGUCACUAUAAGCGAACGCUUAGGAGCUCACAAUCUAAUGGCAUUAGUGAUGGCUAGACCCAGCAGAUCCAAUUCUAAUGACCAUGGUGGUGAUAUAAUUGCUGUAUAAUAAUAUAAUGGUGAGGAUAUACUUGCCAUAUAAUAUGGUGAUUGUAUUAUAUAAUUGCUGUAAAAUAUAAUGGUGAUAUAGCUAUAUAAUAGAAAUGCUGUAUAAUAAUACUAUAAUGGUGAUAUUGCUGUAUAAUAUAAUAAUGAUAUAAUUGCUGUAUAAUAAUGGUGAUAAUUGCUGUAUAACCAUAUAAUGGCGAUGAUAUUACUGUCUAAUAUAAUAAUCUGAUUAUAUAAUAGUUGUAUAAUGGUGAGGAUAUAAUUGCUAUAUAAUAUAACGGUGAUUGUAUAAUAGAAUAUAAUAUGGUGAUAUAAUUGCUGUAUAAUAUAAUGGUGAUAUUGCUAUAUAAUAGAAUUGCUGUAUAAUAAUAUGGUGAUGAGAUAAUUGCUGUAUAAUAUAAUAACGAGAGAAUUGCUGUAUAAUAAUGGUGAUGAGAAUUGCUGUAUAAUAAUGGUGAUGAGAAUUUCUGUAUAAUAAUGUGAUUAUAUAAUUGCUGUAUAAUAAUGUGAUAAUUGCUGUGUAAUAUAAUAAUGAGAAUUGCUGUAUAAUAUGAGAAUUGUUUUAUAAUAUAUUGCUGUAUAAUAAUAAGGUGAUAAAAUUGCUGUAUAAUAAUGGUGAUAUAAUUGCUGUAUAAUAUAGUAAUGUGAUAUAAUUGCUGUAUAAUGUAAUGAUAUAAUAAUUGCUGUAUAAUAUGGUGACAAUAUAAUUGCUGUAUAAUAUAAUGGUGAGGAUAUAAUUGCUGUAUAAUAUGGUGAGGAUAUAAUUGCUGUAUAAUAAUAUGGUGAGGAUAUAAUUGCUGUAUAAUAUAAUGUAAUGAUAUAAUUGCUGUAUAAUAUGGUGAUUGCUGUAUAAUAUGGUGAUGAUAUAAUUGCUGUAUAAUAUAGUAAUGUGAUAUGAUAAUUGCUGUAUAAUGUAAUGAUAAAAUAUUAAUUGCUGUAUAAUAUGGUGAUAAUAUAAUUGCUGUAUUAAGUGAAAUGUGAAUUGUUCACAAUGAAGAUGGUGUAGCAUAGGAGAGAACAAUCUAGGAUCUUAGUGUAAUUAUUUUAGAGACAAAAGGAGAGAGAUUUCUUAUCGGUCACUGGUCAGCUAGUAGUGAUAUUAGGAGGAUAAAGGGGUUUUGGGCCUGAAAUAAAAAAAAAAAGGUGGGGGGGGGAGAGUGGUGGUGAAACUUCGAUUAAAAAUUAACUUUUAAUUCUAAGAUUAAAAAAAUGUUGUCAUUCCCUAGUAUUGGCAUAUACUCAAAGACAGAACAAAGCAAAAAACAACAAAUGGUACUUGUGGUUUAGAUACGGUGUAUAUCGGAGAGAAGUAGUAAUGGUUUGUGGACUCUCCAUAGAGUUGCAGUAUCUAAUAACAAUGUACUCGGUGACUCGCCAGAUAUUGCUGAGUAGUUCGAUAUAGAAGCUGUUACCUGGUGAUUGUAUCUCUGCCAGAGCAAAAAAACUUAGUGAAAACCAAUUCUGACGUUUUAAAUAGUAUGGGGAUCCCAUAAGUCUAUAACAUAUAAUACCAUAUAUUCGAGGUAGCAGGCAGCCGGUUGGUCCCUACUACUUGUCCCUACAACGUAUUUGACAGCCGGCACUGGUUCUCUCCAUAUUGUGAGCCCGAAAUAGCAGAAUAAAACGGCUUCCAAUUCUUACACAGCUACUGCUAAAGGAAAAAGAACGUCAAAAUUAGAAGUUACCAAAAGGAAGUAAAACUAAUAAUGCGGACUUGGUCCCCACUGAACCCGCGGCUAAGAUAAUAAUACGUUUUAUCAAAAAGGUUUUGGUAAAGUCUGAUAGCCUUCUGGUUCAAGACCCACGUUAGUAUACACCCGACACGCGUUUCACCCGGUAACCGUUAGCCGGGAUCAUCAGGAGUGUGGGGGUUGUUUCCAAAUUGUCUGGUUUUUAAAAAAGGCUAAUCUCGAUAGUCUUUGGUUAAUCUGCCGCUAUCCGCUAAGCGGUUUUUCUCAAGAUCCUUCAACCUCUUUCCCUUAAAAAGUCAAAGAGCGGAUCUCCGAAACGAAUCCAUGUUUUUAAUGUACCGGUAAUAUCUCUAGUAAAGCGUGUAUGUCAAUGUAGUCCAAUAGACUCAAAGUAAAGUUCCGAAAUGUAGCGGUUGAGCACUGUUUGGUUAUGGAAAUACUUUAAAUUCGUUCAACUUUGAAUGUUUUUUCCUAUCGGGAUCCAGUUAUUGCGAUACAUUUAUGUCCAGAAGCUGUGAUUUCCAGCCCAAACCUAUCCACAUAGAGAUACAUUAGUUCGUUAUUAAUGGGACCUUAUUCUCCAAGUGAUUUUUCUCUGUUUUAAAGUUUUGAGAUACCGAUACUGAAUAGGUCAAUAUAUUUAAAGUAUAGGUUUAUUCUGAUAAAAGUCAAUAAAUUAAUCGCUAAUGGGACUUAUUCAGUAUGAUAAAUAGAUCAAAUUGGAAAUGUGAAUACAUAUUGAAGUGUCCAUUGAUAUGUUUAUAGAUGGCUCAGAGCAAUUGAAAAAUAAAAGCGUAGUCUUAUUGAGCAGUAUGCCCCAAAGGUGUUUUAUCAUAGCCAUCUUUAUAUGUGCAGGAAAAAAAGGGGGAGGGGGGUGUUAUACAUCCAUUCUUAAAGGUACACUAUAGGGUCAGGAACACUAACCUGUAUUCCUGACCUUAUAUUGCUAAACACACCAUUAAGGUGCCACCCCACUUAACCCCGUUAAAAUCAAUUAAAACUCCCCUUAUUUCCAGCGCUGCGCAGGUCCACGGGCGCUGGCUCCGCCCCCUUUGUGAUAUCAGAAUUGCCCAUUUUUACCUAAUCCAUUGCUUUCUCAUGGGCAAGUGAUGGGGCCAAACAUCGUUUUGGCCAAUCAGCACCUCCUCAUAGUGAUCAAUAAUAAAACAAGAUAUUCUGUGAUAACAGGCGCUUAAAACCGAAUUUAACAAGUGCUCUUAAUACAGCCGCACUCACACAAAACGUGGGACCUCUCCAGUCCUACUAUAAUCAAAUGCAAAAAAAAUACUAUUUCCACAACCAGUGUGUAGUAGUGAAGGUGUGUAGCGCUAAAUAAUAUUCACUUACUCCUCAGAUUCCUUUAGGGGUAUAGAUAAUCUUCUGGCUAGGAACAUUUUUAGAAAUAUAAUUUUUCCUAGUUACCAGAAGAUUAUCUAUACCCUCUGGGGAGUAAGUGGAUAUUAUUUAGUGCUACAUACCUUCACUACUACACACUGGUUGUGGAAAUAGUGUUUUUUUUUUUUAGCACCUCCUCAUAGAGCUGCAUUGAAUCAAUGCCUCUCUAUGAGGAAAAUUCAAUGUCCCCAUUCAGAACGUGGAGAUGCUGAGUGGCAUUGCUGCCUACUGUGCAGCACUGAGCCAGGAAGCACCUCCAAUGGCCAUCUAAUGAGUGGCCAUUUGGAGGUGUCCCUAGGGGGAUAUUGUCCCAUAUUUUAUAUAUGUACGAAUGGGUUUUUGUAUAUUAAAGUUUCAACUAAACGUUUGUGCUAUGAAAAUAAUAUGUAGGGACAAGUCCUUUUAUAUACAUGGAGAAAUGUGCAUUAAAGACAGUUUGUAUAGAGGCAUCCGUUAUAUGGCAGUAUAUACGUGGGUGUAAAACAAAAAGCAAUAAAAUCCAAUAAAAGGAAAGACAGUCCAACUGGUAUAUUCUUAUAGGUGUCCUUGGUCUUCUAUUUUUGUGGUGGUUUCACUUGUUAUGAAAGAUAAAAAGAGGGAAAAAGGACAUCCAAUGGUGUAGUAUGUAAAAUUCAGGUAUAGACGUAAAAAAUAAUAGUAUAAAACUCACAUUUACCAGAGGUAAUGUCCAGCUCUGGAGUAAAGCGCGUACAGCGGUUUAAUCCCCGCUUAUGGGAUAUAAGGCAGGUUCCUCUCCGUGGAUGGUGUCCAAUUCUCGGGAUAAAACAAACAGCCAAUAGUGCUCACUGAAUGACAGAUAGUAAUAAAAUAAUAAAAGAAAUGUACUUACAAAGUAAGAGCAGACCCACUGCUCUUUGAUGAUAGCUUGGGUGGAUUGAUCCCCACCUUUGGAUUUCUUUGGGUACAGGAAACUUCCAGGAAUUUUUAGGUUUUUUUAUCUUUCAUAACAAGUGAAACCACCACAAAAAUAGAAGACCAAGGACACCUAUAAGAAUAUACCAGUUGGACUGUCUUUCCUUUUAUUGGAUUUUAUUUAGUGUGCGCAGCCUUUUAUUGCUUUUUGUUUUAUCUUGUUUUAUAAGGGUCUGAGGGAUUCCCUUUUUAAGGUUGCUGCCUAUAGUUAUUAAGCGCUGUCUCACUCCUCUUAUCUACUAUAUACGUGGGUGUCCCCGAGUUUCCAUAAUAGAGAGAGAUCAUUUAAAAGAAAAUAAAUUUUUAUGGGGGAAAUGGCGAGUCCUAAUUGAUCAAAUAUUUCAAGACCUGAUGUGAGAAAUAAGUGUAUGUUAUGAAGAUAAAGGAGUCUUUAAAAGUAAAUGUAUAUAUUUAUGAAUGAUGUCAUGUGAAAAUAAGUAUUUUUCCAAAUGUAUAAUUGGUGUGAGAGAUUUUUAUGAUCUAAACAUCUAUAGUUUAGUUGAUAAAAGUCAUGUAGUUGAAUUCUCCAUUAAGUCCUAAUGGACUCAAUGUUUUGAAGGUAAAGAUCGACCUUGAUACUUGUUGUAGUAUUUUGGGGUUUAAGUGGAGAUGUCUUUUUAUUUUCGAUGGCCUGAAAAGACAGACUUGACGUUCCACCGUUGUCGAAGUUAUGUACAUGUCUGGUUAUCAGGGGCGUACCUAGAGCAUUUGGCACCCGGGGCGGAUCCUGUGCUUGGCACCCCAAAAAAAAAAGUUAAAGGUUUUCUUUCUUUUUUCUUUACAAUUUGUAAAGUUUGCAAAACCGCUGUCAGCCCCUCCUACAAAACCCUUGUCCUGCCCCUCCUACAAAACCUCUGUCCUGCCCCUCCUACAAAUCCUGUACUGCCCCGUCUACAAAACCCCCGCAACCCCCUUCCACAAAUCCCCUGCUUAUCCCCCCUUAUAAAGACUCCUGUCCCAAUCCAAAACCCCCGCCCCCUUCUACAAAAUCCCUGCAGCCCCACACACACAUUUACAGGCAGACAGUCACACACUCUGUUACAGGCAGACAGUCACACACUCUGUUACAGGCAGACAGUCACACACUCUGUUACAGGCAGACAGUCACACACUCUGUUACACAUUUCCUCCGUGCGGCCAGUUUAUCAGCUGUUUGCUUGUGUGAGCUGUGCUGGCCGCACGGCACCCUAACUACCAUGGGACACUGUGCGGCCACAGCUCACACAGCCCCCUCCAGCCAGGGCCGGUGCAAGGAUUUUUGCCGCCCUAGGUAAAAGUAAAGUUUGCCGCCCCCCCCAUGUGACAUUAAGCUGAAGUGGUUCUGGGGACUAUAGUGUCCCUUUAAUGUGAGGUAAAUUAGAGAUUAGUGCCACGAAUAAUAUACUAGAUUGCCUACUUACAACCAGAUGAGGAUGAUGAUGAGCUCUAGCUGCAGUCUGGCUCCACUGGUCUGGUGCAGAACAGGCUCUCUGGAGGCGGUUUGUAACUGUGGUCACAAAAAUCAAUGUUCUGGGAGAACGGGAAGCAGCUCCAUUUUUUGGGGGUCCUUUACACAGCUCAAGGUCUGGGUCCCAGGGUCCACCUUCAUGUUCCACCAAUGAGUUUGUUCACAGGGGGUGGAGUGUGUAGGGGAUGUCCUGAUAUGUGUGUAAGGAAUGCAUUGUGUGAAUUGUGUUUGUAUGUGUAAGGGCUGCAAGGUGUGUUUCUGUGUAUGUAUGGGAUGCAUUGAAUGUGUGUAAUGAAUGCAUUGUGUGUAACGGUUGCAUUGCUUGUGUAUUUGUGUCUGUGUGUGUAAUGCAUUGUGUGUUUUUCUGUGUGCAAGGGGUGCGUUGUGUGUAUGUGAUGAAUGUCAAUCUCUCCUCCCGCUCCAAUUUCCUUCUCCUCCUCCCAAUUUCUCUUUCUCACCCCCCCUCCUAAUUUCUCUCCCCCCCUAAUUUCUCUUUCCCCUCUCCUAAUAUCUCUUCCCCCCCUCCUAAUUUCAAUUUUUCUCCCCCUCUCCUAAUUUCAAUUUCUCUCCCCCCCUCCUAAUUUCUCUUUCUCCCCCAAUUUCUCUCUCACCCCCUCCUUUCUCUUUCUCCCCCUCUUUCUCACCCCCCUUUUCUCUCCCCUUGCCUCUCUCCCCCCCCUCCUUUCUCCCCCUCCCUCCUCUCUCCCUCCCUCUCUUCCUUUCUCUCUUUUCACCCCUUUCUCCUCCCACCCCCCCCCUCCCUUUCUCUUUCUCACACCCCCUCCCUACCUGUGUGUAGCGUGGCCGAGCCCUGUAUAGUCCACGGGUACAGGGAGCUUUUGUUUCCUGUACCCGGCCGGACUAACAGGAAGUGCACACUCAGUGUGCACUUCCUGUUAGUCCGGCCGGGUACAGGAGACAGCUGCUCCCUGUACCCGUCGGACUAUCAAUGCUGCAGGGCUCGGCCACGCUACAGCAAAGGAAGCUGACAGGAGGGAGCGCUCAGCGUUUCCCUCCUGUCAGCCUCUCCUCAGGCUGCGCCCGGGUGGUGCGGUCCGCCCUCAUGGACGCACCGCCCGGGCAAAGCUGCAGCCACCUGAGGCUCUUUACAGAGCGCUCGGGCGGCUGCAGCAUGGGGGGGCCGGCGGGGCUGGUCAUGGCACCCCCCACCCUGGUGGCACCCGGGGCGAACCGCCCCCCCCUUUGUACGCCACUGCUGGUUAUUGGUGUGUCGGUGCCAGCAUUAUUCGUGUGUAUAUGUUGUAAUUGUUGUGUGAUCUUUCCUAUGUAUUGAAGUCCACAAAAACAGUUCGCCAAAUAUAUCACAUUGAAUGAUUUUAACUCCUAAUUUUGAUGUGUUACAAACAAUUUGAUUGAUUUGGUUGGAGUUAUGUGUUUGCAGGCUUUGCAGUGCCCGCACCGGAAUAUUCUUUUUGUUGGUGUCAGCCAAGUGGAUUGAGGUGCAGAUUUGGAUAGAUAACUAUGUACCAAAACUAUUUAAAACGUCAGAACUUAUUUUCACUAAGUGUUUUUGCUCUGGCAGAGAUACAAUCACCAGGUAACAGCUUCUAUAUCGAACUACUCAGCAAUAUCUGGCGAGUCACCGAGUACAUUGUUAUUAGAUACUGCAACUCUAUGGAGAGUCCACAAACCAUUACUACUUCUCUCCGAUAUACACCGUAUCUAAACCACAAGUACCAAUUUUUGUUUUUUUGCUUUGUUCUGUCUUUCAGUAUAUGCUCCUUUGAUUGUACACCAUUGUUUUAGAAUCCCAAUACUAUGGAAUGACAAAAAAUUUUAAUCUUAGAAUGAAAAAUUAUGUUGGAGAUGGAUGGCCCAGGGGCACAUAGUCUAAUAUCGAGCAAUAUAAUAUAAUAAUAUAUAGAGCAAUACAGAAUAGCACUGGCAAACAGAGCUCUCAGUCUACUGAUCAGAGUUGAGUCUUUUUGACCAAUGAAUCCAGAGCUCCUGAGCUUAGCAUCCUGGUCUCACAUUCUUUUGAAACUUGAAACGUCUGUGCUAAUCCGCCUACUGUCAAGGAAUGCUUGGACCUCAACACAUUGUCUUACCACAAACAGAGACUGAUGUUCAGCUCACAUGCCAAGUGCAUUGUGUAAAUCGUUUAUUUCUCAACUGUCACAGUUACAAGAAUGGAUUGAUUCCUCUGGCAACCAGUUCAGAUCUAGCAUUGCUAGAGGGACAGUUCUCUUGGCAGACUACUCCUGUCUAGUAUUGCUGGAGUGGGCCGAUUCCAAUCCUAUCUAGUGUUGGUCGAGUGCGCAGAUUGUCCUUGCUGAUGGUAACCGUCAAGUGUUGCAGUGGACCGAUUCUCCUGACCGCGAUUCCUGUCUAGUGUUUUUGGAGUGGGCUCACUCCUGUGUAGCGUUGCCGGAGUGUGCAGAUUGUCCUUGCAGCAGAUUCCAGUCAGAUGUUGCAGUGGACCAAUUCUCCUGACUGUGAUUCCUGUCUAGUGUUGCCGGAGUGGGCCCACUCCUGUCUAGUGUUGCCGGAGUACAUCAAUUUAUCCUGGCAGCUGAUUCAGAUCUAGCUUUGUCAGAGCAGGCUUUUUGCCUUGGUAGCCAUUUCUGAUCCAGCUUUGCCAGAGUGGGUUAAUUCUUCUGGCUGCCAGUUCUGAUGUAACAUUAUCAGAAUGGACUAAUUCUUCCCAACAGUCAAUGUUGAAACAUUUUCCAGUUUUGGUUUUGCUAAGCCCACUGAAUAAAAUUGUACCCAACAGGUAUAGAUAUGUAGUGUUUUGUGAAGUAAUGUGAAAAAUGCUUACUACAUUCUCUAGCUAUUGAUGGGCACUAUUGGCUACAGACUGAAUAUGGUGAUAUGAAAACAUUUUGGCAAUUCUGCUUGAAAAUUUAUGUGAGCCUUUGAGUGCUUGGAUCAUGCCCCGUAUGUUAUGAUGUCAUGCAUUUGACAUAUUUAUUCCUCUCAAAAGGUUUGCCACCAUAUAUGUGACAACGCUGCUACUCUCAGGGGUGGCAAAAUAUUUCUGUGUCCAGGAGUCAGAGGGCUUUGGCCCUAUAUUUACAAUAUAGGUUUCUAGCGCGUACCAUUGAAGGCAGCUCAAACACCCAAACAAGUCUCUGUUCCGGUCCAAAAGAAAGUACGUGUGAUAGGAGGGGCUAGCGCCUUGGUGUGAUCUCAGAGAUAGAAGUAGUCUCGGUAGUAGUUGAGUAUAUAAAAGAGAGAGAAUACAACAAAAUCUUGUGCAGUAUAUUUUGUUUAAAAUAGUUAAGAUUAAAAAGAGGUGCACUUACGAAGUAUAGAGCUUGAGUAGUUUUACUAUGUAGCGCCAGGGCGGUAUGAUCCCCGUCUAAGGAUGGUUGGUCUCUUCUUUAAUAAGAUGCAUGCUGACCUCAGGUAGGCAGGUUAGCUCAAGGUGGUAUAUGUCCCAGCACUAGACCUUAUGAACUUGUAAUUAAAUGCCGUGAUUUCUUAUGCAGAUAAAAUAAAAAAAAUACAGUGUACACUGCUAAAAAACACAGAAUAUUAAAGGAUCACUAUAGGGGUAGGAACAUCAACAUGUAUUCCUGACCCUAUAGUGUUUAAUCCUCCAUUUAGGUGGCUUGGCUCCCUUAGAAGGGGGUUAAAACGCACCUUAUUUCCAGCACCAAGCGGGUUUGCCGACGGUGGCCCCACCUCCGCCUUCUUGGUGACAUCAGAAUUUCAGAUUUUUAGCCAAUCCAAUGCUUUCUCAUAAAGAGAGCAUUGAAUUAGCUGAAAUCGGCAAGCAGGCAGGAUGGGGGCAGGGCCAAAUGCCGUUUAGGCCAAUCAGCACCUCCUCAUAGAGCUGCAUUGAAUCAAUGCAUCUCUAUGAGGAAAAUUCAGUGUCUCCAUGCAGAGCAUGGAGACGCUGAAUGGCAGUGCUUCCUACUGUGCAGUACUGCCCCAGGAAGCACCUCCAGUGACCAUCUGUUUUAAUAUUUUAUGGUUUCUAGUAGUGUACACUAUAUUUUUUGUUUUUAUCUGCAUAAACCGAUAAAUAAUAAGUUCAUAAGAUCUUCCGCUGGGACAUAUACCAUCCUGAGGUCACCACGCACCUUAUAGAAGACAAGACCGGCUAUCUCUCUCUGUGGUGGCCACUUUUUGGGGAUUUUACAACCUGUUCCUUUGUCCAUUUGCAGAACUGGCCGUAUGCAGUUGAAUAUUAAUCUCCAGAUGGAACAUCGUAGGGUCGGAACAGAGAAAAGAAAAUGCAGUUCCUCUGCCAUGGUGAGUGCUAGCUUUUGGGUCAUUAGUAAUUGUUGAUAUUUCUUGGACCUUACAGGUGACAAUUCAAAUCCGUUUCAUUUAAUGUAAUCUUUCUAACAACAAGAUCUCGUUUAGUGUGUGUCUAUAUAUUAUUUUGUUUGUUUUAAAUAUACUAAGAAGUGUUGCCUUUAGGCAUACUAUGUGCAUUAUCAGAUAACACAGUGUUAAUCACUGAGAAUUCAAAUUGGAUUUCAAAUUUAAGGCCAAAGUAGCUGAACUGAAAGCACAGCUGACUUAGCCAAUCUGGAAACAUUCUCUAUUAUAAACUUGCACUUAAAAAUUCACUUAGAAUUCUCACUGCUGACAGCCGUAACUGCGUCUCCUUUGCAGGCUGAACCCCCACCCACGCUGAUUGUCGACUUCCGUCUUGCCGACUCAGAGCGCUCUUGUGAUCUGAGCUUGAUACAUUCUCCGAUCGAAGGCUUCUUUAUGAGUAAUUGUUAACCCCUAGGUCGGUGAUUGAGAGCCCCUAGGUCGGCGAUUGUUACUCCCAGUGUAACUAACGUCCUGCAAUGUCCCGUCUUCAUGUAACUGGGCUUUCUCCAUAUUCCUCCAGUAGUGUACGGCACAGUAAUGUCCAAUCUGUUUAUUGUAGACGGGGCUAAUUGAGUUUAUAACCAGUUACUGUCCUCUCCAGGUGACCGUGACAUUUCAUGAUGUGGCAGCGUGUUUUGAGGAGGAAGAUUGGGAAAUCAUGGAGGAAUGGCAGCGAGAGAUCUACAGAAAUGCAAUGAAGGAGAUUCACAGAGCCCUCCAAAACCUGGGUAAAAUCGAAUGCCUAGAGAGGCUGGAUAGAAGGGACCCUGACUGCGAGAGUAGAGAGGGUGGAUCGAAGGGACCCUGACUGUGGGGGUAUAGAGGGUGGAUAGAAGGGACACCGGGGUUAGGGAUGGUGGAUAGAAGGGGCACUGAUUUUGGGGGACAGGGAGGGUGAAUAAAAGGGACUCUACGGUCAGGGAGGGUGGAUAGAAGCGACACUGACUGCGGGGACAGGGUGGGUGGAUAGAAUGGACUGCGGGGGACAGGGUGGGUGGAUAGAUGGGACACUGACUGCGGGGUUUGGGAGAGUAGAUAGAAGGGACCCAGGCUGCAGGGGUUGGGAGCGUAGAUAGAAGGGACCCGGGCUGCAGGGGUUGGGAGCGUAGAGAGAAGGGACCCGGGCUGCAGGGGUUGGGAGCGUAUGGAUUGCGUGGGUAGUGAGGAUAGUUAGAAGGGACACUGACUGCGGGGGAAGGGAGGGUGAAUAGAAGGGACUGCAGGGGCAGGGAGGGAAGAGAUAAUGCCACAUAGAAUGUUGUGUGUCUGUGUGUUUGUCUCUGUGUGUGCGUUCAUUCAGUAAUUUUUCUGAGCGCCUAUUAAUAAAAUGUAUUUGAUCUGUCAGGGUACCGGAUCCUAAAUCCUGAUCUGUUGGUGAAGAUUGAGAAGUCAAUAGAAAAAAGACGGAAUGAGAUCCCAUCAACAAGUGAGUGAGUCUGGGAGCAUGGCGUUCUUUAUAGAGGGCGCAGCCAUAUGGCACUGUGUAGAAACAAUUAAAAGGGACUCUAUAAUCAGCAAAACCGUUACAGCUCAAGUCUUCAUGUACAGCCAUAACCCAGCGAAAAGGGUGUGAAUCUGUAAGAUUCAAGCUCGAAUAAAGUGGAAGUGUCCUGAAUACCCAAAUAGAUGUGUAAAGGAACAUUAUAGUGUUAUGAAUACAAACUUGUAUUAUUAACGCCAUAGUGGUUCCCACUGUUUUCCAUAAAACUAACUUAAAGCAAAAAGCUUCAUUUUUUUUUUUUUAAUCUGCUGCUGGACUCGCCACGUCCCGCCAUGUUAUGAAUGAGGCAUGACUUACUCCGUCCACCGUCCAAUUCAAUGAUCCUCAUAGAGGAGCAUUAGGAACCUAGUGCGCAUGCUUGGCACUCAGCAUGAAUCCAAUGCUUUCUUAUGAGCUUUAACAUUACGUGAUCGAGUCUUAUUCAGUACAUGGGAAGCUCCUCUUGUGGCUGUCAGUGUGACCGUCACUAGAGGUGGGUGUAAACUCUGCAAUGUAAACAUUGCCCUCUCUGCAAAACAGACAGUGCUUUACUUUGAAGGGUUAAAAAUACAGGACCUCUGGACCAAGACCACCUUAUUGAAAUGUUAGUGGUCCACUAACCAAGGUUAAUAAUGUAAUUUUAAGGAAUAACUUUUUUAUUGAAAAGACAGUUUAUAUAGUUAAAGACAGGGUACCACAAUGGGUACCAGGUUUGCACCCAGCUAUGCCAUUUUAUUUAUGGCCGCUUGGGAGGAAGCAUUUAUGUGGUUUGAACAUGGCUAUGGAAACACCAGGCUUACUAUUUUAGGUACACGGACGAUAUAUUUUUUUAUAUGGCACAGAUCCAAAUUUGAGCUAAAUACAUUUUAAAUUCUUUAAAUACUAAUAACUGGAGUAUAUUCUUUAAUGUAAAAUCAAGCAACGCUAGUAGUUUUAGACAUUAUCAAUAAUAGCAAGAUAUCUACUAAAACUCACUGGCUGUGACCUUCGUUAUCACACCGUUUAUUGCUUUAUCACUGGCUGUGAGCUGCGUUAGUUAUCGCACCAUAUAUUGCUGCGUUAUUACACCAGUUUUUGCAGCGUUAUCACUGUUUACUGCUGCGUUAUCACUGGCUGUGAACUUCAUUAUCAUACUGUAUAUUGCAGCAUUAUCACAGGCUGUGAACUUCAUUAUCAUACUGUAUAUUGCAGCAUUAUCACAGGCUGUGACCUGCGUUAUUGCACAGUUAUUGCUGAGUUAUCACAGGCUGUGACCUGCAUUAUCUUACUGUAUAUUUAUGCGUUAUAACUGGCUGUGACCUGUGUUAUCAUAUUGUAUAUUGCAGCGUUAUCACUGACUGUGAACUGCUUUCUUAAGCUUCUAUUUACAUGUAAUAAGUCCCGGUGUUAGGCGUUUCCUUAUAAUGCUUUUUUUAAUUUUUUUUAUGUAUUCAUUAUUUUUGUCUGUGUUAAAGGCAAUGUCUCUGCUCUGUCCCCUGUCAGGCAGUGCCGUGCUUGUGCCGGAUAUUCUGCUAAAGAUUGAGGAAGAGAAACAGGUUCUUGUUAAAUCGGUCUCUGACAGACCAGUCGGACGGACUGCACUUGAGUCCUCCAGAGGUAUGAUUCUAUUUGUCUCCUGCGUUAAUUCCCAUCCAAUCCAUUUAUCUACCCAUGUGUGUGCUUCGCAGAUCUCUGUGGAUAGAACUCCGCUUUUUACAAGCUUAGAAAUCACUCUUUGGAACUAACUGAUCAGGUUUAGCAGUCAGUGGCAAUUAGGAAAAAAGACUUUGUCUGUUGGACUGUAAUCACGGUUACUCACUAAAGUGAGAUUUAAAAGUGAAUUUAAUUAGCCGAACUGGAACCUUUGUCACUAGGCUUUCAGUUCAGCUAGUCUGGCAUUGAGUUUAAAAUUCACUUUGAAUUCCCAGUUAAGAAAAUAACCGUGUAAUGUGUGAUUUGAUGAAAUCUGAAUAUUUUAUGGAAAGAUACCACAACAAAUAAUUACACAUAUAUAUAUAUAAAAUGUAUUUUUAAAGUUACAAACAUAUAUGCGUAAAGAGGGGGAUUGUUAUAAAUCAGUGCCAUGCUUUGUGACCACAACAAAGAAGGUUCGGAAUGUGGCUGUGCAAAUCUACAAGAAAGGCAUAAAACAAAACAUAGUGUGAUAUUGUUAUAAAACACAAUCUUUUUCACUCACAAGAUGUAGACAGGAUAAGCGCUCAUAGGGUGCCUCCCCCGAUAUGAUGGGGGGCUAGCUGGUACGUUUUAUCACCUCUGGAUACUUAUUUUACCAAAAGAUAUCCGCAGGUCAGGGUUAGGUAAUAAAAAGAUUUAUUCAAUAAAAAAGUAGUCACCAAUUCAGCAUAGGAUAUGAAUAGCAGAAAAAUAGUCCUACGCGUUUCCUCGGGGACCACAAUAAAACAAUAACAAUGUAUCAAUACACAAUAUAAAGAAUAAACAUAUGUUAAAUUUUUAAAUUGUGUAUUGAUGCAUUGUGUUACAAGGGCUGGACAGUAAGAACUGAUUUGGUGAAUGAUUGUCCAGGAUUAUCAUGGUAUUUCCAAAUUCCCCACCCCCUCUUAACACACAACUAAACAAAUUCAGCAGUGGCUCCAGAAGAUGAAUUAAAACAUCUGCUAUCACUAGAUCGGAGCGUCACUGACCUUUAUGGGAAGUUAUGGAGAGCAGAGUGCACAUCCUACUAACAUCAUAAAGAUGUCCCCUUUAAAAAAGGACACUAUAGUCACCAGAACAACUACAGCUGGAAUUUGACAGUUUCCAGGUCCUCCUCCCAACAGCCCCUGCUGUAACAUACAGUAAUGAAAACUACGAGGACAUAAACCGUUACCUUUCUACUUCAAAAUAUACAACUUAGUCAGUUUUAAUAGCAAUGCUAACGAAUGGGGAGGAUUCGAACAGACAUACACAGUACAGCAUAAAUUAAACAUAGCCGGAGACGCCACACUAUACCGGCGCGCAGUACACAACAGAAAAUAGGCACAACCAUUCUAUCUUAGGCAGUCCCAAGUGGCUAGGUUUGCCACAAUGCUCCCCCAAAACCAAGCCGGCAUACACAGUCUGAUCCCAACGGAUCGGCUUGGGGAUGUCCGGGGGAGUGCUCACAGAUCAUUUCUCAAGUUCUGUCUGUCUGGACAACCCAUCGGCGUUACCAUUCUGUUUUCCAGGGCGAUAAUGGAUCGUGAAAUCAAACGGCUGCAGCGCCAAACUCCAGCGCAACAGCCGGGCAUUGUCUCCUGACACCCUGUGUAGCCACACCAACGGGUUGUGAUCUGUGAGCAAGGAGAAUGGUUGUCCAUACAAAUAAGGUUGUAACUUUUUGAGGGCCCACACCACGGCCAGGCAUUCCUUCUCGAUGGCAGCGUAGCCUACUUCCCUUGGUAGUAAUUUUCUGCUUAAGUAAGCUACGGGAUGUUCUCCGCCAUCAGCUCCCACUUGGCUCAGUACUGCCCCCAAUCCAAACAUGGAAGCUGUGGCAAACCUAGCCACUCGGACUAUAACUGGACACUAUGCCUUUAAGGGUUGCCUAUAGGUCUGGAGAGAGAUGCGUUGUAACUGUAUGUGCCUGCUUCAUGUAUUCCCUGCAUUGCCUGUACCUAUCUGUUCCGCCGAAUGCAAAUGGCGGUUUGUAUGGGGAUUCCCGUUCGUUUCGCGAACGGCACUUUGGAGGGCCGUUCGUGAAACGAAUGCGAUACCCCCUAAUAGCCCACACACUUAGAGGCGUGUGGCGCUAGUUAACCGAUUGCAACAUUGUUGCAAUCGGUUAUUAGAGGCUCUCCUGGGUGGCCGUCGUUCGACUACCGACCAUGCGGCGGUCGGCCAUCUUGGAUCCCUGGUUCUUCAGCGGGUCCGUGUCGUCGAACGCAUAGCAUUACCAACAGUUAUUCGACGGCACGAACACCGCUGAGCCUCCAGGACGUUCGGGAGUUUCAGGACCAGGUUCACUAAAAGCAAUCGGUUCUUUUCGUGGGUUUGGAAAGAAAUGUGUUUUCUGUGCGGCGUUCGGUUAUUUUAGCUGGGAUCUGGGCGGCAAUCUCACGAAUGAUGCGCCCAGACCCCAGCUAUCUACCGAACGUCCAUUCGUGUAAAUCCACCGUAUAUUAUACCAGUUGUAGAUUUUUAUGUGAAUUGCCGGUUCUGCUGCACGAGGGGAUAGUCCCCUUAACGGUGCAUUCUGGGAGGAUGAUCCCUCUCGUGCAGCGGUGCCUGAUGGGAGAAAUAUGUGGUACUGUAAGUCCCCCAUGUAGUCCCCUCCUGUACAACCCCUGUGAUGUCAGUUUGGAAACCCCUUGCAUGGGGAAUUGCAUAAAUACUGUGACCUGUGAUUAAAACCUCAGUUGACUCCCAGCCUAUGUGUCGUCUAGUUCUUGGGAAGGAAGGGUUACUGCAGUGCUGUUUGGAUUACUAUAUGCUGAUUCCCUGGAUUAUCCUUUGUUGUUCCUGUUACCCAGCGGAGAUAUCGUGGAUCAUACUGCCUCUCCGCUACAAUUGGUGGCAAGCGACGGGAUUGAAUUUACACAGCAAAGCAACGUUCGGCAGAUUUUUAAACGAAUCAAGGAACAAGCAUUCGGGAAUCAGCGCAUUCGAAUAAACCUCACGAACAGCAGGUGAAUGGGAACAGAUUACACCCUGCUAAAACGGAGCACAUUAAAGGAGCUGCUGGAAGCAAGAGGAGCAAUCGCCAGUAACAAGGCAAAAGCUGUCCUAAUUACGGAACUCAUGGAAGGAGACAGAGCCGCAGCUGCUGCAGCACCUCAAAUGGAGGGACAAAACAACGAAUUUACAGCGGAAUUCCGAGCACGACUGGCUUUAUUUCCUGAACCACCAUCUACAGAAAUGUUUAACCGGCUGUUCGCCGAUGUACAGGAGUACAUUAUGGCUAGGGGACCGCCAGGAAACCAGCAAGCCAGAGAAAGAGCCGCAACGCCAGUCCAUAGUUUCCCAGGGAAAACCAAAAUCCCAUAUCAAGCCUUCAAAAGCUAUGUGGAGACGGAGGGUGGCGUUGACGACUAUUUACAGGAUUUCGAGAGACUGUGUUUGCUGCACGAGAUUAAUGAUGCAGACAGAGUACCCCUACUAGCGGGGAGAUUAUCUGGGCGAGCCGCCGAAGCGUACCGGGCAGUACCAGACGAGGAUAGUAGAGACUACGCUAAAGUAAAACGGGCCAUCCUAGCCCGGUAUGCCAUCACCUCAGAGGCAUACCGAAAGAAGUUUCGGGACAUUAAAAAACCCAGUAAGGACACCCAUGUGGAGUGGGCGCACCAGCUACAACGAGCUGCCAAAGGGUGGCUGGAGGCCGCCCAAGUUGAUACAUUGGAGGGUCUGUUCCAGCUAAUGGUACUGGAACAAUUCUUCAAUGGCGUCCCGACCUACCUACAAAACUGGAUCCGGGACAGAAAGCCACACACCCUGCAGGAAGCGGCUAAUAUGGCAGACGAUUUCCAGGACAAUCGGAGAGAUCAACCCAUACCAACCCGAACCACCAUCCCCCCUACAACGGCCAGCCCUCCAGGGGGCCCCGCAACGUACCAGCGACCAGGGGUAAAUCAGAAUUCCUACCCCCCCAGAUAUUCAGCACGUCCACCAAUCCGGUGCCAUACCUGCAACCAACAGGGGCACAUCCAGAGAGACUGCCCACGGAACCGGCCUCGACCCAGCUGGAAUAACGCCGCCCCGAGCAACCGUGCCGCAGUCCACUGUCUACAGGCCGAAUCCGACCAAAAUCUGGAGUUGGGGACGACCCGGGAGGAACCCCUCGGUACUCUACACGAGGUGAACCCUAUCCAGGCCGCCUCCGAUAACCGCCAAGGGCACCGCCAGGAAGUACACAUGGAGGGGAGGAAAGUGCAAGGACUUCGUGACUCGGGAGCCACCCUAACUCUAGUACGCAGUCAUCUGGUACCAAAGCCCAAGCUCACGGGGGACUGUGUGGCUGUGCGGGUGGCUGGGGGAGCCAUUUACAAAGUACCCACGGCCAAGGUGCACUUGAAUUGGGGAGCGGGGCACGGGAAUGUAUAUGUGGGGAUGAUGCAAGACUUGCCAGCGGAUGUGAUUUUGGGCAACGAUUUGGGGGAGCUGACUUCGGCUUUUGUUCCCCAGCCCACCGUACAAGAAGCAUACCCGGUUGUGACCCGGCAACAGGCCCGCACCACUGCACCAUUCGAACACUCUGAGGCUCAGGUAAGCAAUGACCCUCCCCUACCCCCUACCCUGCCCUGGGCCAAUUCCAUAGAGUUCGGGGCCGAAGUAGCCCUAGAUCCUUCGUUACAGGUGUACAAAGAUCGCAUGGAUAAAAAUCAAGCUGGGUUAGAGGGGGAAAGGUAUAUCUGGGACAAAGGGCUACUAUAUCGGCACGCAGAGAAGGUAGUGUCCGGGUCAAUACCGUUGCCCAUUAAACAGCUAAUAGUGCCUCGAAAAUAUAGGUUAGAGCUGUUACGCAUAGCCCAUGAUAUCCCCCUGUCUGGACACCUAGGCAUCAGUCUGACCAAGCACAGGCUGACCCAAAAUUUCUUUUGGCCAGGUAUUUCCCAGGAUAUUAAGCGGUAUUGUCAGACCUGCGAUACCUGCCAAAGGGUAGGCAAGAGGGGGGACAGAUACAAAGCCCGACUACGGUCUCUGCCCAUCAUUGAAGAACCAUUCAGUAGGGUGGCAGUAGACAUUAUAGGUCCCCUCGCAAAACCCAGCCCCUCCGGCAAGAAGUAUGUUCUAACUGUGGUGGACUACGCCACCCGGUACCCCGAGGCAGUGGCCCUAACGAACGUACACGCAGAAACGGUAGCCGAGGCCCUGAUGAGGAUAUUCACCCGGGUAGGAUUUCCCCGGGAGAUUAUCUCCGAUAGAGGCACCCAGUUUACUGCUGAAGUGACCCAUCAGCUCUGGAAAAUAUGUGGGAUACAACAAAUCCUCAACUCCCCAUACCACCCCCAGUCCAAUGGGCUCUGUGAACGAUUUAACGGAACCCUGAAACAAAUGAUCCGCACGUUCAUGGACACCCAAAAGGACUGGGAGCGGUUCUUACCCCACCUACUGUUCGCGUAUCGAGAAGUGCCGCAAGAAUCCACCGGAUUCUCUCCGUUCGAAUUAUUAUUCGGGAGGAGAGUGAGGGGACCUCUUGACUUGAUACGGGAACACUGGGAGGGAGACGAAACCGUUAAUGGCACCCCUAUCUUACCAUAUGUGCUCGAGUUCCGGGAACGCCUGGGGAGGCUAACCCAGACCGUCCGAGACAAUCUCCAGGUAGCGCAACAACGACAGCGCCGAUGGUAUGAUAAGGGAGCCAGGGACCGCAGCUUUCAGGUGGGGCAGAAAGUCCUAAUCCUGCGACCCGUCCACAAAGAUAAGCUGCAGGCUCAACGAUAAAACGACCUCUGACGCAUAUCCCAUGCCCCGAAUAGACGAACUCCUCGACAAAAUGGCCAGGGGUCAAUACCUAACCACUAUAGACUUGUGCAAAGGAUACUGGCAGAUUCCCUUAGCGGACGACGCCAUCCCUAAGUCGGCUUUUGUCACCCCGUUUGGCCUGUAUCAGUUUAAGGUCAUGCCAUUCGGGAUGAAAAACGCUCCAGCUACCUUCCAGAGAAUGGUGGACAGACUGUUAGAUGGGUUCCAGGAGUAUGCCUGCGCGUAUCUAGAUGAUAUCGCCAUAUUCAGCCACUCCUGGCACGAACAUCUGGUUCACAUAGGAGCCAUUCUAGACCGAAUCCGAGAGGCCGGACUGACCCUAAAACCCAGCAAAUGCCAUAUCGGUAUGGCGGAAGUCCAGUAUCUGGGACACCGGGUAGGGAGUGGGCAACAGAAACCCGAACCUGCUAAAAUAGAGGCAGUCGCCCAAUGGCCUACCCCUCGCACCAAGACCCAAGUGCUCGCCUUUUUAGGGACCGCCGGGUACUACCGGAAGUUUGUGGCCAACUAUAGCGCCCUCGCCAAACCCCUCACAGACCUGACCCGCAAGAACCUCCCUAAGUUAGUAGUCUGGGCCCCAGAGUGUGAGCAGGCGUUCCAACAGCUCAAGACGGCGCUGGUUAAUUCUCCUGUACUUUCUGCUCCUGAUCCAACUAAACGCUUUCUCGUCCACACAGACGCUUCUAUGUUUGGAUUGGGAGCAGUACUGAGCCAAGUUGGACCCGAUGGCGGCGAGCACCCCGUAGCUUACCUAAGCCGAAAACUUUUACCCAGGGAAGUAAGCUACGCCGCCAUUGAAAAGGAGUGCCUGGCUGUGGUGUGGGCCCUCAAGAAGUUGCAACCCUACUUAUACGGGCAACCCUUCACUUUACUCACGGAUCACAACCCGUUGGUGUGGCUGAACAGGGUGUCCGGAGACAAUGCCAGGCUGCUGCGCUGGAGUUUGGCGCUGCAGCCUUUUGACUUUACUAUCCACUACCGCCCUGGGAAGCAGAAUGGCAACGCCGACGGGUUGUCUAGACAAACAGACUUGGAGCCGUGAUUCGUGAGUACUCCUCCGGACAUCCCCAAGCCGAUCCGUUGGGAUCAGACUGUGUAUGCCGGCUUGGUUCUGGGGGAGCAUUGUGGCAAACCUAGCCACUCGGACUAUAACUGGACACUAUGCCUUUAAGGGUUGCCUAUAGGUCUGGAGAGAGAUGCGUUGUAACUGUAUGUGCCUGCUUCAUGUAUUCCCUGCAUUGCCUGUACCUAUCUGUUCCGCCGAAUGCAAAUGGCGGUUUGUAUGGGGAUUCCCGUUCGUUUCGCGAACGGCACUUUGGAGGGCCGUUCGUGAAACGAAUGCGAUACCCCCUAAUAGCCCACACACUUAGAGGCGUGUGGCGCUAGUUAACCGAUUGCAACAUUGUUGCAAUCGGUUAUUAGAGGCUCUCCUGGGUGGCCGUCGUUCGACUACCGACCAUGCGGCGGUCGGCCAUCUUGGAUCCCUGGUUCUUCAGCGGGUCCGUGUCGUCGAACGCAUAGCAUUACCAACAGUUAUUCGACGGCACGAACACCGCUGAGCCUCCAGGACGUUCGGGAGUUUCAGGACCAGGUUCACUAAAAGCAAUCGGUUCUUUUCGUGGGUUUGGAAAGAAAUGUGUUUUCUGUGCGGCGUUCGGUUAUUUUAGCUGGGAUCUGGGCGGCAAUCUCACGAAUGAUGCGCCCAGACCCCAGCUAUCUACCGAACGUCCAUUCGUGUAAAUCCACCGUAUAUUAUACCAGUUGUAGAUUUUUAUGUGAAUUGCCGGUUCUGCUGCACGAGGGGAUAGUCCCCUUAACGGUGCAUUCUGGGAGGAUGAUCCCUCUCGUGCAGCGGGGCCUGAUGGGAGAAAUAUGUGGUACUGUAAGUCCCCCAUGUAGUCCCCUCCUGUACAACCCCUGUGAUGUCAGUUUGGAAACCCCUUGCAUGGGGAAUUGCAUAAAUACUGUGACCUGUGAUUAAAACCUCAGUUGACUCCCAGCCUAUGUGUCGUCUAGUUCUUGGGAAGGAAGGGUUACUGCAGUGCUGUUUGGAUUACUAUAUGCUGAUUCCCUGGAUUAUCCUUUGUUGUUCCUGUUACCCAGCGGAGAUAUCGUGGACCAUACUGCCUCUCCGCUACAGAAGCGUCUGUGUGAACAAGAAAUCGUUUAGUUGGAUCAGGGGCAGUUAACACAGGAGCCUUAGUUAAUGCAGUUUUUAGUUCAUGGAAUGCCUGUUCACACUCUGGGGCCCAGUUGACCUGUUGUGGCAAGUUUUUCUUGGUCAAGUCCGUCAGGGGUUUGGCCAGGGCGCUGUAAUUGGGCACAAAUUUUCUGUAGUAACCAGCAGUACCAAGGAACGCCAAUACUUGUGUCUUUGUCCUGGGGGUAGGCCACUUAGCUACUGCCUCUAUCUUGGCCGGUUCGGGCCUCUGCUGUCCGCAUCCUACCCUGUGACCCAGGUACUGCACCUCUGCCAUCCCUAUGUGACACUUGCUAGGUUUUAGUGUCAGCCCUGCCUCUCCAAUACGGUCAAUGACCACACUAAUAUGUUUCAAAUGAUUUGCCCAGGUCUGGCUAUAAAUGGCUAUAUCAUCUAAGUACGCACAGGCGUACUCUUGGAACCCGUCCAGUAGCCGAUCUACCAUCCUCUGAAAGGUAGCCGGAGCGUUUUUCAUCCCGAAAGGCAUGACCCGAAAUUGAUACAGGCCAAACGGGGUGACAAACGCCGACUUGGGGAUGGCCUCCUCGGCUAGUGGAAUCUGCCAGUAUCCCUUACACAGAUCAAUGGUAGUGAGAUACUGGCCUCUUGCCAUCCUAUCUAGCAGCUCGUCUAUACGGGGCAUCGGGUAGGCGUCAGACACUGUUUUGUCAUUGAGCCUCCGGUAGUCUACACAAAACCGCGUGGUGCCAUCCUUCUUGGGUACUAGCACUACCGGUGAUGCCCAGGGGCUAUCUGAAUGUUCGAUAACCCCUAACUGCAACAUUUCCUCAAUUUCUUUCCUCAUGUGCUCCCUUACUGCUUCAGGGAUACGAUACGGAGUCUGUCUCAUAGGGAGCUGUCCUGGGGUCUCUACUCGGUGGGUAGCUAACAGAGUGUACCCUGGUAAAUUGGAGAAGGUAGCACCUUUUGCCGCAAUCAACUCCUGUACCUGGGCACGCUCCUGGAGACUUAGCCGCUCCCCCAGCUGCACACCUGUAGCGUUUUCUGCAGAAUCUUCCUUUUCUAACAUGUCUGGCAAGGGCAGAUUCUCAUAAUCCUCAGUGGCUGGGGCACAGAUGGCUGCUACCUCCUCUAUUCUCUGGUGAUAGGGUUUGAGUAUGUUCACAUGGAGCAUGCGUCGUUUCCCUACCCCAGAGCACGGGCCGAUCACAUAAGUGGUGUCACAUCUCUGUUCUACCACUUGGUAUGGGCCCUGCCAUGUGGCCUGUAGCUUGUCUGUGCGGACAGGUUUCAAAAUUAGAACUUUCUGUCCCACCUGAAAGCUACGGUCUCUGGCUCCCCUAUCGUACCACCGGCGCUGUCGCCGCUGAGCCGCCCGGAGGUUCUCCCGUACGGUUUGGGUUAGAGCCUCCAAGCGGUCCCGGAACUCCAGCACGUAUGGCACAAUGGGGACUCCAUCUGCACUGCUCCCCCCCUCCCAAUGUUCUCUAAUUAAGUCUAGGGGUCCCCUCACCCUUCUCCCAAACAAUAACUCAAACGGAGAGAAGCCGGUAGAUUCCUGUGGCACUUCUCGGUACGCAAAAAGCAGAUGGGGUAAAAACCUCUCCCAGUCUUUAUGGGACUCCCCAAAUGUCCUGAGCAUCUGCUUCAAGGUACCGUUAAAGCGCUCACACAACCCAUUGGACUGCGGGUGAUAGGCAGAAUUUACAAUUGGCUUAAUGCCACAUAACUUCCAUAGCUGGUGGGUCACUUCGGCUGUAAAUUGGGUCCCCCUAUCCGAAAUUAUCUCUUGGGGAAAUCCCAUCCUGGAAAAUAUCUUCAUCAUAGCUUCGGCUACCGUUUCUGCUUGUAUAUUGGAAAGGGCUAUAGCCUCCGGGUACCGGGUGGCAUAAUCUACAAUGGUCAGAAUAUACCGCUUGCCGGAAGGGCUAGGCUUGGACAGUGGUCCUACUAUAUCCACUGCUACUCUGCUAAAGGGUUCUUCAAUAAUGGGAAGGGGGCACAAUUUCGCUUUGUGGCGGUCACCCCUUUUUCCCACUCUCUGACAAAUGUCACAUGUCUGACAAUACUGUCUCACAUCUCUAGAUAUACCUGGCCAGAAAAAUGCAUGUGUCAAUCUGUACCUCGUUCUUGUCAUCCCUAAAUGCCCAGACAGCGGAAUAUCGUGGGCAAUUCUAAGCAGUUCCUGCCGGUAUUUCUGGGGCACUAUAAGCUGCUUAUUAGUCACAUGUACAGACCCCCCUACCACCCGCUCAGCAACACGAUAUAACAGAUUUUUCUCCCAUACAUACUGUUCUCCCUCUAAACCUGUCUGACCAGCUGUCGCCUUAUCCUUAUAAAUUUGCAACGUGGGAUCGUUUUUAACCUCUGCCUCAAAGUCAGUGGGGUAUCCCAGGAAACACGGGUUACACGGGGUACAUUGUCUCUUACCUGAGCCUCAGAGUGUGUGGAAGAUGAAGCCGUGGUGCGAGCCUGCUGACGGGUGGUCACUGGAUAUGCCUCAUGGCGAGGACUUUGGGGCACAAAAGCGGAAGUCAUUUGCCCCAGGUCAUUCCCCAAAACAACAUCAGCUGGUAACUUGUGCAUCAGCCCCACCUCCACCAUACCUUCCCCCGCACCCCAAUUCAGAUGUACCUUGGCAGUUGGUAGCCGGUACAUGGCACCCUGUCAGGUAUAACUUAAAAUACAUUCGCCGUAAGAACCCACUUCCGGGUUCACGGCGCUUAGCUCCUCCCCUUUCUCUGACGCGGUCCCUCCACGAUAUUUAGGGAGACCGCGCCAGAUUCAAAACGCUGGAUUAUUGCACAGGUACCUGAAAAGUGAUCAGCUGUUUUUACCCCAUCCUGCCUGUAUCGGCCUCGGAUUGCUAAACGGACUCUUACUCUCUCCAUUCCUGGACCGCGGAUUGCUAAACGGACUUCCCCUCUCUACACUCCUAGACCACGGAUUGCUAAACGGACUUCUCCUCUCUCCACUCCUAGACCACGGAUUGCUAAACGGACUUCUCCUCUCUCCACUCCUAGACCACGGAUUGCUAAACGGACUUCUCCUCUCUCCACUCCUGGACCACGGUUUGCUAAACGGACUUCUCCUCUCUCCACUCCUAGACCACGGAUUGCUAAACAGACUUCUCCUCUCUCCACUCUCAGAUCGGCUUACUUAACAGACUAUCUUUUGAAUCCAUCGGGUGAAUUUAACCCUUAAAGUUCCAGAACUUGCCUUAUUAAGUUAAGUAUUUCUGUUCCAAUUAAUCCACUGUGUCAUUCUCUCUAAUUAAGUUUCUUAUUCUAAUUAAUCUGCUUAUAAGAUAUUCAUCCUCCAAUAACCAACUUACAUGUGUAAUUAAGGUAAUAGGAAUUACUCCUUUUUUCAAUAUAAAAAGAGGUGAAUCUAACAAUUACUUCAAUUAGGAAACUCUGCAGUUGAGUUCCAAUUAAAACAUAAGUAUCACAGAAUAAUCCAGCCUCUACAAUGGAACCAGCAGAUAUUAACUCUCAAGUUUCUGCCCUAACCAAUAGAGUGGAUACAAUUGCUCAGGGUUUACAGGAACUACAAAUUACAAAUGAGAGAAUAUUAACUUAUGUUAGAGACAUGCAAGGUCACCUUCCUCAUGCCGCUCUUCAAUCGGCUGGCGAUCCUGCUGUCUGUAAUCCUGAAAAAUUUUAUGGAGACAGAACAAAGUACAGAGAGUUUUUGAAUUCUUGCAAACUCCUAAUAGCCUUAAAACCUAGAUCUUAUCUCACCGAAAGAGCCAAAGUUUGUUCAGUGAUCUCUUUUUUAAGAGGUGAACCUAUGGCAUGGGCCCAUUCCUUUUUAGAGAAUGAUGAUCCCAUAUUAGAUUCAUUGGAUGACUUCUUUGAAGCUAUGUCUUUACUAUAUGAAGAACCUUAUAAACAGGCUACUGCUGAUUUAACCAUCAGAACUCUGCACCAAAAGAAUAGACCUGUUGAAGACUAUAUAGCAGAAUUCAAAAGAUGGGCUACAGAAACCCAAUGGAAUGACAUUUCUUUACGCAAUCAAUUCCGUCUCGGAUUAUCAUAAGCGGUGAAGGAUGAGCUCUCUCGUACUGAACUUCCUCCCACCUUAAAUGCAUUGAUUCAACUUUCCAUUAGUAUUGAUAGACGUCUAAGAGAAAGAAGAGCUGAAAAAGUUCUUACUAAUUCUACCUGGAGAAAACCUAUCACUUCUCCUAAAAUUACUGAAAAAUUCUCUACUCAAACCGAACCUAUGGAAGUAGGUAUAAUAAGAAGUCCUCUUACUUCUGAAGAAAGAAUAAGAAGGAGACAAUUAAACUUAUGUAUGUAUUGUGCCUCGAAAGAACAUCUAAUUCCCGAUUGUCCUCUACUGAAACAUUCAAAAAGUGGUAAACAUCAUUCAUCUACUUCAAUAUUGAACGUACUACAAAAAAGAAAUACAUCUACUUAUUUUUCUAUAUCUCUCAUAUUACAGUGGGAUACAAAAAGAAUCGUAACUGAGGCUAUAAUUGAUUCUGGUGCCAAUGGAACCUUUCUUGAUUUUUCCUUUGUUAUAAAAAAUAAAAUUCCUUGUGUUUGAAAAACUCACUUUGUUCCAAUCAGAGUUAUUGAUGGUUCAUUUAUAUCCUCUGGACCCAUAAAAGAUGAGACAAUUCCUCUAAAAAUAACUACCAACAACGUUCAUACCGAAUUCCUUACAUUUGAUGUUAUUAAAUCUCCACUUUAUCCGGUCAUUUUAGGAAUUAAUUGGUUAAAAACCCAUAAUCCUCUAAUUGAAUGGUCUCCCUUUACCAUCUCUUUCUCCUCUGAUUUUUGUAAAAAAACAUGUUUGCAACAUAUUCCUAUUCUCCAAAUUACUAAAGAACCAGUUAUACCUACAUUCUACUCCGAUUUUUCAGAUGUCUUCUGUAAAAAAGAAGCAGAAACACUUCCACCUCAUCGGAUAUAUGAUUGCCCAAUUGAUCUAAUACCUGGAGCUCCCAUUCCUUAUGGUCACAUCUACCCACUUUCUGAAAAGGAAUUAGAAAUCUUAAAGGAAUAUCUUAAUGAAAAUUUACGUAAGGGGUUCAUCAGACCCUCGACAUCCCCGGCUGCUUCUAGUAUAUUCUUCGUGAGAAAUAAAGAUCAAACCAUCCGUCCCAUUAUAGAUUACAGAGCCUUAAAUAAAAUAACAAUAAAAAAACGUUAUCCUCUUCCGCUAAUAAAUGAACUAAUUGAAAGAUUAAGAACUGCAACUAUAUUCACUAAACUCGACCUUCGGGGCGCUUAUAACCUCAUUAGAAUAAAACAGGAUGAUGAAUGGAAGACCGCCUUCCGAACAAGAUAUGGUCUAUACGAAUAUCUUGUAAUGCCUUUUGGGCUUUGUAAUGCCCCUGCUACAUUCCAACAUUUCAUAAAUGAUAUCUUUAGAGAUCUCUUGGAUAUAUGUGUAAUUAUCUAUUUAGAUGAUAUCUUAAUAUAUUCUAACAAUCUGGAUGAACAUAGGAAGCAUGUAAGAUGGGUUCUAUCUAGAUUGAGAACUCACAAAUUAUACGCUAAACCAGAGAAAUGCCUUUUUGAGGUUACCGAAUUAUCUUUUCUAGGAUACAUUAUUUCACCUCAUUCCUUAAAAAUGGAUAACUCUAAAAUUGAAUGUAUUAUUAACUGGCCCGUUCCUACUACUACUAAAGAAUUACAGCGAUUUCUUGGAUUUGCAAAUUUCUAUAGGAAAUUUAUUAGAAACUACUCAGAUGUAUCACAUCCACUUAAUCUUCUUAACAGUAGUAAACGUCCUUUCAACUGGAAUAAAGAAGCCCAAAAAGCCUUUACUGAAUUAAAAAAAAGAUUUACAACCGCACCUAUUCUGCAACUACCUAAUCCAACAUGCUUAUAUGUUCUUGAAGUAGAUGCAUCAGAUUCAGCUAUCGGAGCAGUUCUUUCUCAACAAAAAACACCCCAAGAUCCACUUCAUCCAGUUGCCUUCUUUUCAAGAUCCUUGAGCUCUGCUGAGAAAAAUUAUCCUAUUGGUGAAAAAGAAUUGUUAAGCGUUAAAGCUGCCUUUGAAAAUUGGCGUCAUCUUCUUGAAGAUACUAAACAUCCUAUAGUUGUUUAUACUGAUCAUAAAAAUCUCGAAUAUCUCUAUACUAACAAAACCCUUACAGCUAGACAAGUUAGAUGGAACCUCUUUUUUAACCGCUUUAACUUCCAAUUAGUAUACAGACCUGGAACUAGAAAUCAAAAAGCUGACGCCCUCUCCCGAAUUUCUUAUAAAACUUCUAUAGAUGAUUAUCCUUCUAACAAAAUAAUUGGAAUCCUUUCCUCUCUUCAAGAUGACUUAAAGAAUUUGAAUCAAGAAGAUCUUGAACUUCCCAAAACACCUAUAUUAACAAAAAAGGAUGGUAUAUUUUACUUUAAAAAUAGAAUUUAUAUCCCUCCUAUUUUUAGAAAUAAAUUACUUAAAAUGGUUCAUGACUCACCACUAGCCGGACAUCCUGGGAUUAAAAAAACUCUUGAACUAACUUCACGAUAUUAUUGGUGGCCUUGCCAAAAUAAAACCAUUGAAUUAUAUGUCAAAACUUGCCCUAUCUGUCAAAGAUCCAAAACCGAACAUAAUCAACCUUUUGGGUUACUACUUAACUUACCUAUUCCAGAAAAACCUUGGCAAUCCAUUUCUAUGGAUUUUCUUGUGGAUCUUCCACCAUCUCAGCAUUCCACCACUAUUCUUGUCGUUGUGGACCGCUUCACAAAAAUGGCCCAUUUUAUUCCUUUAAAGAAAUUACCCUCCUCCGUAGAAUUAUCCAAAGUCUUCAUAGAUAAUAUUGUAAAACUUCAUGGUCUUCCUGAAGAAAUUAUUUCUGAUAGAGGGACACAAUUUACCUCCAAAUUCUGGAAGGAGAUGUGUCUCUCCCUUCAAAUUCAACGCAAACUCUCAUCCGCCUACCAUCCUCAAACUAAUGGACAAACAGAGAGAGUUAAUCAAUGUCUGGAACAGUAUCUUCGAUGUUAUUGUUCAUACCUACAGGAUGACUGGACCACAUGGUUACCUAUGGCCGAAUUCUCUUAUAACAAUACUAUUCAUUCUAGUACGAAAAUGACUCCCUUCUUCUCGAACUAUGGGUUCCAUCCAUCUUCAUUUUCCAUUCAAAAUAAUAUUUCAUCCAAUCCUACUGUUACAUCAAAAAACAAAUUUAUGUCCUCACUAUUUCUCAAAUUACGGGAAAAUCUUCAACUUAACAAAUAACCAGAAAAAAUAUUUUGACGAUAAAAGAAGAAUUCCCCCUCCUUAUAAUGUAGGGGAUCUGGUCUGGCUUUCCUCUAGGAAUAUUACCACAAACCGUCCUUCAAAGAAAUUAAGCUCUGUUUUUCUUGGUCCUUUUAAAGUAAAUACGAUUAUUAAUGAUAACGUUGUUAAACUGGACCUCCCUCCAAGUUUUAAACUUCAUCCUGUAUUCCAUGUCUCUUUGCUUAAACCUCACCUCCCUGAUCCUUUCAAUAGGAAUUUAGUAACAGCUCCUGAUCCUAUCAUUGUCCAAGGUGAAGAAGAAUAUGAAGUACAUAGAAUUUUGGAUUCACGUAUCCACCGUGGCUCCUUACAAUACCUUAUUAGAUGGAAAGGUUAUGGUAUUGAUGAAGACACUUGGGAAGAUUCAUCUAAUGUACAUGCUAAGAGGUUAGUUGCUGCAUUUCACAAACGUUAUCCCUCCAAACCGAGAUAAGUGCACCCAGAGGAUGCCCCAUGAGAAGGGGGUACUGUCAGGUAUAACUUAAAAUACAUUCUCCGUAAGAACCCACUUCCGGGUUCACGGCGCUUAGCCCCUCCCCUUUCUCUGACGCGGUCCCUCCACGAUAUUUAGGGAGACCGCGCCAGAUUCAAAACGCUGGAUUAUUGCACAGGUACCUGAAAAGUGAUCAGCUGUUUUUACCCCAUCCUGCCUGUAUCGGCCUCGGAUUGCUAAACGGACUCUUACUCUCUCCAUUCCUGGACCGCGGAUUGCUAAACGGACUUCCCCUCUCUACACUCCUAGACCACGGAUUGCUAAACGGACUUCUCCUCUCUCCACUCCUAGACCACGGAUUGCUAAACGGACUUCUCCUCUCUCCACUCCUAGACCACGGAUUGCUAAACGGACUUCUCCUCUCUCCACUCCUGGACCACGGAUUGCUAAACGGACUUCUCCUCUCUCCACUCCUAGACCACGGAUUGCUAAACAGACUUCUCCUCUCUCCACUCUCAGAUCGGCUUACUUAACAGACUAUCUUUUGAAUCCAUCGGGUGAAUUUAACCCUUAAAGUUCCAGAACUUGCCUUAUUAAGUUAAGUAUUUCUGUUCCAAUUAAUCCACUGUGUCAUUCUCUCUAAUUAAGUUUCUUAUUCUAAUUAAUCUGCUUAUAAGAUAUUCAUCCUCCAAUAACCAACUUACAUGUGUAAUUAAGGUAAUAGGAAUUACUCCUUUUUUCAAUAUAAAAAGAGGUGAAUCUAACAAUUACUUCAAUUAGGAAACUCUGCAGUUGAGUUCCAAUUAAAACAUAAGUAUCACACACCCCCUGCUACCCGGACUGCUACCGAUCCCCCAGUAUGUGCUGAUCCUGACACCAAAUGCGGGGCAACCAAAGUUAAGGUAGCGCCGGAAUCACGUAGCCCCUGUACCUCUUUCCCUUCCAGAGUCACGGUCUGGCAAUGUGGUUGUCGGUUGUCAGUAGCAUGGAUGGACAUUACAUCGUGCAAAACGCCCAGGGGUUCAUCAGCCGACUCAAGCGGCACUCCUGGCAAAGUUGGCUCUGCAUGAUUAUAAUGAGCAGCUGCCCGCGGGGCCAUAUUCUGCCGGAGCUGAUUCCAGUUCUUGCGGCUCCGGUUUUGGGUGCACUCCCGGGCCAUGUGCCCCCAUUGCUUACAGGCAUGGCACUGGAUGUUGGACCUGCCAUUAUAACGGGAGUGGGGAGGUUGUCCCACAAGUGCUGGUCUGGAUGGUGCUGUCGCUGGGGCAGGAGCAAUAACUGGAAACGGUUGCGGGUUGGGUUUUGCAUACCCUCGGUUAUUAUUUUUAUGAUGCCUCCUAGCAUCAUAAUGUUGGUCGGCCAAUCGUGCCGCUUCGGUUAGGGUGUGAGGAUUUCGGUCAUUCACCCAUUCUUGAGCCUCUGGUGCCAGGCCAUUACAAAACUGCUCCAGUAGCAACAUCUGGCGUAACUCUUCCAUGGUGGUAGCUCUGCUGGCUUGUAUCCAGCCUUGUGAGGCUUGGUCAAGCUUGUGUGCCCACUCCGCAUGUGAGUCUUUGUCCCCUUUUUUCAAUUCUCGGAACUUGCGCCGGUAUGCCUCUGGGGUAAUGGCAUACCUUUCUAAUAGCGCCUGCUUUACCUUGUCAUAAUUCUUGCUGUCCUCUCUGGGUACAGCCCGGUAGGCGUCUGCUGCACGCCCAGACAGUUUGCCUGCCAACAAAGGUACCCACAUAGCUUGCUCUACAUCAUGCAAGUCACACAAUCUUUCAAAAUAUCCAUCUAUUUCGUCUUUAUCCUCGCAAAAAGUUUUAAAUGCAUGAUGUGGUAUUUUUGGCCUUCCCUGGCCCACAGUUGAAACAGCAGUGGUUUCUGCUUGAGGUGAGAAGGCUUGAUUCCUUUGCGCCAUCACGUACUCCUGUGCAUCCGCCGAAAUUAUGGUCAUAAUUUCUGGAGAUACUGGAGCGGGCCAAAAUGCCAAUCUUGUCCUCAUUUCUCGUUCAAAUGGGGUCUCCUCCAUGUUUGCUGGGGGUGUAGCACUACGAGCUCGGUCUCCUUCCAUUAGCUCGGCAAUAAGUCUUGCUUUAGGCUUAUUGCUGGCUAUCUUACCCCUGGCUUCCAACAGCUCCUUUAACGUUUGCCGUUUCAAUAUGGUGUAGUCCGUCCCCAUUCACUUAUGCAUCUGUAUCAAUUGCCUUCUGCUUUCCAGUAUGUCAAUUCCAAUUGUAUAAACAGCGUUUUUCCUGCUGUACGGUUGGAUCCCGCCGCUUGCCACCAAUUGUUGCGGAGCUGCAAUUUUAUAAUCCCAGGAUCUCUGCUGGUAGAAUGCAAUAACCAAGUACAAAGCUGGAAGCAGGCAAUAUUCCCAAAUCCUCCCAAGAACCAGACGAAACACAGUCUGAGAGUCAACUGCCACUUUAUUCAAAAAGACUGAUAUUUAAAGCAGGUCACUCAACUGUCACUUUAUUAAAAAUAACUGAUAUUUAAAGCAGGUCACUCAACAGGGGUUUCCAAAGAUGGGCAGCAGGGGUUUUGGUUGAGGGGACUGGAGGGAGACUACCGUUUCCAGGUCCUCCUCCCAACAGCCCCUGCUGUAACAUACAGUAAUGAAAACUACGAGGACAUAAACCGUUACCUUUCUACUUCAAAAUAUACAACUUAGUCAGUUUUAAUAGCAAUGCUAACGAAUGGGGAGGAUUCGAACAGACAUACACAGUACAGCAUAAAUUAAACAUAGCCGGAGACGCCACACUAUACCGGCGCGCAGUACACAACAGAAAAUAGGCACAACCAUUCUAUCUUAGGCAGUCCCAAGUGGCUAGGUUUGCCACAAGAAGAAUCAUUACCUUCAGGCUUUUUGCUGUAAACACUGUCUUUUCAGAGAAAAUGCAGUGUUUACUUUACAGCCUAGUGAUAACUUCACUGGCCACUCCUCAGAUGGCUGUUAGAGAUCCUUCCUGGGGCAUGGCUGCCUAAAAUGCAUCCAAACAUUCAGUAUCUCCUCCCUCUGCAUGCAGACACUGAACUUUCCUCAUAGAGAUACAUUGAUUCAAUUCAUCUCUAUGAGGAGAUGCUGAUUGGCCAGGGCUGGGUUUGAAACAUGCUGGUUCUGCCCCUGAUCUGCCUCUUUGUCAGUCUCAGCCAAUCCUAUGGGGAAGCAUUGUGAUUGGAUCAGGGUACCACUUCUGCUGAUGUCAGCAGGCAGUGGGCAGGUCUAAAGGAAACCGGGACUAAGUAAGCAGCGGCAGACUUGAAUGCAAGUAAGAUUUUACUAUAUUAAUGGCGGCAAGAGGAGGCCAGGGGGGCUAGAUGGUGGUUUUAACCCUUUAGGGUCAGGAAUACAUGUUUGUGUUCCUGACCCUCUAAUGCUCCUUAAUGCCUCAAUUGCUGAGUUUAAUUCGCUUUCAGGGCUCAAAUUGUCUAAAAUUCCCCGGAUGUGUAUGCUAUGGCCUUCAGUGGCAAAUAAAUUGUAUAGCGGCUCUGACACCUUCUGGAGUCUAUGCAUAUUUUAGAAAGACCCUCGAUGGUAACUUUGGUGUUCGGUGGCCCCGAGGUGCAGCUAUGGUGGUUAUACUUAUGUGAUUCUCUCUCUCAGGGGUACUACCAUGUUUAAUGUUUUUUGGAGGAGGUGCACUAAAGCCUGGCUAAAUAGAAUAGGACUUCACAUGUUAACCCCUGCCGCUGUACACCGCUUCGGCUCGUAUGACAGUAACGUUCUGAAAGCAGAGUGUCUGUACUUUUAUUAGAGAUUCCUGUUUUCAUUUAUCGUUAGGUCUUUGCGUAGUUUUUUUUGCUCCUAUAUAUAAACUACACACACCAGGAAGAAGAAAGUAAUUUAAGCGGGAGAGAAUUGUUAUUACUGUUUAUGUGAAAUCUCCUUAUGUAUUCUGGUAGGAAGCCGGACCCGAAAAGCAGAGCACCCCAUGAAAGUGAAGCACGAGGAUGAUAGUUGCUCCGAGACCGCCUUGGCAGAUAGAGGUAACAUGGACGUUAUUUGAUGUAAAUACCUGUGGUAAAUAGUAUAUGGAUAUCUGUUUAAUUCAGUUACGCAAGACUGCCCCUGGGUUGGGACAGGGCGCCGCCUGCUGCUAGGGUGGGUCGGGGUGCCGCCUGCUGCUAGGGUGGGUUGGGGUGCCGCCUGCCGCUGGGAUGGGUCGGGGCGCCGCCUGCCGCUGGGUUGGGUCGGGGCGCCGCCUGCCGCUGGGUUGGGUCGGGGCGCCGCCUGCCGCUGGGUUGGGACGGGGCGCCGCCUGCCGCUGGGUUCGGACGGGGUGCCGCCUGCCGCUGGGUUGAGACGGGACGCCGCCUGCCGCUGGGUUGAAACGGGACGCUACAUGAUUUGCUAUGCAAUUUAAAAUGUAUUGCUACGUCCUGUCCUAUGUCAUUCUGUAAUACAAUCCCACAGUCACAGUAUAUUCUGCGCACAGAAAACUCCAGUCUAAACCCACGUUGCAUUUUAUUAAUAUGUUGCACAUUUGCUGUAACAUAUUUGAAUGUUCUGAUCCAUAUUAGUAACUUUGUUUUACCAGGUACAUCUCCCAUUUCACACGAGCUGAUUGUGGUGGUUAAACAAGAGAGAGAGGAGGAGACCGAGCCGAAAGGAAAGCUGAAGGAGGAAGACGGAGUCAUCGAGGUUCAGAAUGAGGACAGUAUGGAUAAAACAGAGGAAAUUAGUGAGUGAAAACUCCCCACUAUUAGUCGCACCCCACUAGCUGCACAACACUAUUAGAGUCGCACCCCAUUACUUGCUCUUAUAUUUACAUAGUUAGGUCUUUGUUUCAUACUAAAUUUACAAAAUGUUUUCCUCUAGUUGUCUAUAUUUCUUUAGAAGUCUCUCAUACCUGUAAGUAGAUGUUAACUGUCUUACGACAAAAGCAAGUCCUGCUCCCCUUUGUUCAGUUAUUUUUGUAAAAAUCUGUGAAUACAAUUUUGCUAUAAUUUUUUUUUAAGACAUUUGUGUAAUUACUUUAAUUACUUUCUUGUAAUUUCUACUCUGUUUACUCCUCCAGAACAUGAGCUUGGAAGUGAUGCCAGUAUGGAGAAUCCUUCAGUGGGAGAAAGUGGCAAAUUGUGUACCCAAGUGCCCCUAAUUGGCCCAGACGGAGACAAUAUGUUUAUAUUUACGGAGACUGGGAUCGCACUGAACCGGGCUCUUCCACAGGAGUACACGCUAGAAAAUGCCUUGGAGUUUGAGAAAUACCUGAGCAGUCUGGCCAACCCACCAUCUCUUAUGCUUCGGGAUCCCCAGAGACCCGGACGAAGUGAGUUUGAUCGGGGCUUCUAUGAAAACUACAGCGUUCACAGCAAACAGAGGCUGAUGCUAAUGGGUGAAAAGCGCUACCGGUGCGCAGAAUGCGGAAAAGGAUUUACCAGGAACUCUCACCUAAAGGCUCACAAAAGAAUCCACACCGGGGAACGCCCGUUCAAGUGUAACGAGUGCAACAAAACCUUCAGUGAAAAUUCCCACCUCACCGUACACCUCAGGGUCCACUCAGGAGAGAAGCGUUAUAAGUGCAACAUGUGUGAGAAGAGUUUCAGCGAGAAUUCUAACCUCAUUGUCCACCAAAGGAUUCACACCGGGGAGAAACCUUAUAAGUGUCCGGAGUGUGACAUCUGUUUCAGUCAACAUUCCAGCCUGGUGCGUCACCGCAGGAAGCACUCUGGGGCACGUCCCUAUAAAUGCGCAGAGUGCGACAAGACAUUUAGCCAGAAGGGGCAUUUGAGCAACCACAUCAGAACACACACUGGAGAGAGGCCAUACAAGUGUGCAGAAUGUGGGAAGUGCUUCAGUGAACAUUCCCACCUCACAGGCCAUCAAAAGAUACACACCGGAGAACGACCCUAUACGUGUGAUGUCUGCCAGAAGGGUUUCAGUAAAAUUUCAAACCUUAAAGCCCAUCAACAGAUCCACACUGGUUAUCGCCCUUUUGUCUGCACACAGUGCGGUAAGAGUUUUACCCAGCACUCCACUUUGGUCCGACACCAAAGGGUCCACAUAGGGAAAAUGGAAUCAUUUUGGAGAAAGAUGUAUGAGGACUCGGUGGAGACAAGCAAGGAUGUAUCAUGGAAAGACAGUAUUGUAAUGAAGAGGGUAGAAUGUCAACAAACCAUAGAGCCAGAGGAAAUGUCCUGACCAACCGUUUCCACCGAAUGUACUGCCUCCUACCUAGUUAGACUAGAAUCCCUUAAUCACUGGAGAUCUACCAGUCUCCCACCCAUAAAAACAUUUAUGGCACAAUAAAUGAAUAGGCAUAUAUUUAUUGAAUCACAUUUACUUCUGUUAGUUUUAUGUAAGUUAUUUAUUAUGUUUUUACAAUAUUAUUUAUUCAUUUAUAGUGAUUUUGUCACAGAUUGCUUUUAAGAUUUUAGAGGAUGGAGCUAUGUUACGGACUGUUAAUAGGGCAUCUGCCCGUGGACAUUAUUGAACCAAAAGUGUAGUAUCAACCAUCAGCAUGCUGUGUAAGCACGUAUAGCAGUGCUACUUCACGGAAAAACAUUCCCUCUGUGAUCGUCCAGCGGGAAGACGGGAUGGGAAGUCUUACUUGAAAGAAACACUACCGUGACUCUACUUCUUUAGUGCAAUACACAGAUAACCUGCUUUCUUGGUUCCACUGAACGUUUUAAACCCCACACUACGAUUCCACGACACAAGGGUGCAGACCAUUUUAUUAUUUAUUUAUUUUUUUAAAUAUGAGUCUUAGGGGAAUCGUGAUCCAGAAACAAUUGUGAUGAUUCUCAAUACAUAGUGUAAAUGCCUUGAAAAGCAGUGCUUCAUGGUCAUUUUUGCAGACCACAACCAGCAUUGAAUGUGUUAAUCUGAUGAAUGGUUUACUCCCGUUACGUUAAUUGGCUCUAGUAAAAUGUCACCCAUUUAAUAGUUGAUUACCCAAAGGAUGGCUAGUAAACGAUUCUGAAGUCUCUGUUGGUGAGUUGGUAGCAGAGAGCAAAUGGCUGUGCUGUUUUUAUCUGUAAAGCUCAGUAUUCAUCUUGUGUGGAUAAUAUGGAUCCCGUUCUCUGUUAUAUCAGUGUGAGUGGAAUCCAUGUACAAUCCACAUUGCAAAACAAAGCAAUAUCUGCUAAUAAUCCUAAUAAAUCAGCUGAAGAGUCCAAUGUAAAACUAUUGCUCAUCGACAACGAGAACAACUCCUGCCCGGAAUAUCAUUAUAAACCUCAUUCGGGGAAGCAGUAUGAUAUCUGGAGGCACUGCUUGUUACUAUGUUCGUGCUGUGUUGGAAUCCAUAAAAAGUAUGUUUGACAUCAUCAUUAAUCGCACGGUUUGUAAUAAUACUUCUCACUCAUGGCUAAAGUCAUGAAUUAUGGGAACCAAAAGACACAUCCUGUCUGCGAGAUUAAUAAAAGAUGGACAGUGGAAUUGUUGUCUGCGUCAGUCUGUUGUCCACCUGUUACAGUUUGGUGUUAAUUUAGAAAAGUGAUUUCACAAGCUAACAAACUAUGCGUUUAAUCUUUGCAACAUCAAGAGUCCACGGAUCACUUUCCAGGACUGAACCAUCAUUUUCCUAUUCUGACUGGGUUUUUUACGGAGCAGUAAUUGCUUUGCUCUCGGACUAUCCUUUCCAUAGAACUGUUUACAUUGUGCAGGUUAAACUUCUGAUUAAUUCUCAGAUCUGAAGUUAUUUUUACGUUCGAUAUGUUGGCUGAUGCAUGUAAAGGGAAUACAAAUACAAAUAUCCAAAUUUCUUUGAAUCGUUGAUCCAAACAAACCACGAAUGGUACUCACCUAAGGACUGUUGGUGCUGCUAAAUACUUCUUACCACCGUUCUCUACGUGAAUUGAAGAUGACAAUUUAGGUUUUAUUUAUUUGUAGAUUUGAGUUUCUCCACCUGUUAGCAGGAAUGCCUGUUUUACAUUGUUUUUGUAUGUUCUGCAUUGAAUCUCUUUCUGCAUAGUUUGUUUUUACAAACAAUACCAAAGGUCCAAUAUGCGAUACUAUCCGAGGUCAUCUGAUUCUGCCGCUCAUCUUCCAUCUUAUGGUGUGAAUCUGUUCUCUCCAAUUAACCGAAUAAUGACAUUAAAGAACAAAACCUCACCCUGAAUUGAAUGGAGGUUUUUGUUGUCUGUUGAAAUACUUAUUCAACCAGUCUUAAUUCCAAAAUAGUAGAAAUACCCCCACUGCCAAAAUGAC